UACCUUCGCGCAUGCGCAGUGGCGCCACCACGUGGGAGCAACGUGCACGAAGUUGGGAAUCGAGCCGGGGACGUGCGGAUUGUUGAGCGUCGUGAAUCAACAACAACAACAACCACAACUACCACCACCACCACCACAACCCCUGCACGCUUCAGCCAUGGCCAAGUCGAGCAAGCACAAGGUGGCCGAGGAGGGGCAGGCGGAGCCCGCCGCGGGCCCAGUGGAGAAGUCGUACGAGGAGCUGGUGGCGAACGUGAGCGUGAUCGCGAACCCGCUCGCCUCGCGCAAACUCACAAAGAGGCUCUACAAGACCAUCAAGAAGGCGUCCAAGCAGAAGAUGCUGAGGAGGGGUGUCAAGGAGGUGCAGAAAUUCCUGAAGAAGGGCGAGAAGGGAAUCAUCGUGCUGGCCGGAGACACCCAGCCGGUGGAAGUGAUCUGCCACAUACCCAUCAUGUGCGAGGAUCAGAACCUGCCGUACUGCUACGUCCCGGCAAAGGCGGACCUGGGCGGAGCGGCGGGAUCGAAGCGCGCCACGUGCGUCAUCCUGGUGAAGGCGCACGAGGAUUACCAGGAGGCCUACGACGAGUGCUUCGCCGACGUGAAGGCCCUGCCGCUGCCCGUGUGAAGAAGACGACGACUCGUUACUCCAAGGGACGAUUCAACGAAGUCAUGACUCCGAUUCCACAAUUCAUUGUUGGUCUCGUGCCGUUUCUUUUUAUUCUACUUUGUACUGUUUGACGUUAUUAGCUUAAUGUACCAUUGGCACACUAUGUUCAUAAUUGAUAAAUUUGUUAUUUGUGAUUAGACGAUUGCAUUACGAGUCCGAGGAUGUAAUGUAAUUGAUGCAUCGUUGCAUGCCACCGGAUGCAAACCAGACACGUUUAUGUCAAAGAUUAAUUUAUUAAAAUCAGCUAUUCCACUCAACAUGCUUUGUCAUGCACAUAAGAAAUUGGGAACAUUACCGUUAUGCCAAUAAUACCAAUGGUUUAGUAUACAUAUAACAAACGAGAUUUUUGAAUUGUGCCACCAAUAUUCAAAAGUUAAUUGAACCACAGUUGGGAGGACUGGGGAAAGGUGUGUGUGUGUAUAUGUUGGACUUCUUUCUCACCGUACGUAGCCAACCGAGCUGAUUAUAGGUGCGGCACGUGUGCCAUUGCCUCGUAAUGUCCUUCGUGAAUGGAGAUGUGACCCAUAAAACGAACGCGUGUGAUGGUGCUCCCCACAUCAACAAAGAAUCAUAUUUUUUUGGAUACAUUUUGUUUAUUAGUCGAGGCUUUAAUCACAAAUGACGUUGAAGCGUUCAGCUGCCCUUUGAAAGAAGACUGACGGUGGUUAAUCUGUUAUUGUUAAGUUUUGUGUUAAGCUGUUUUCAUGAGACUUUGUAUCUUUUUCUUUUACGUCUAUCAAAAAAGUGGGAUAUCGUUUUGUGAAAAGGAAAUUUGUGUCAUUGCUUUGACAGCUCCCAGGUUGGUUAUUUUUUUUGUAUUUAGGUUAAAAAAUUUGGCCGUGAGCAUGUUUCUAGGAACUUGAAUGUAUGAAAAAAAUUAACUUAAAAAAAUUCCUUCCAUACCACAUUUACAUGUAUCGUUUUAUUACAGACAUUUUACAAAUUAUUAAAACUAGUUUUGAAAAAAAAGGUUAUAAAUGUUUGCCACGUGUGCAUUUUUGUUCACUUGAAAUGCGAAUAAAAAAAAUAAGUUUUUCAA